GUUUGGAGGUUUAACAUCAGCUCGAUAGCGUGGGUAUGACCUAGCCUGGUACCUGCACCUGGACAAGCUUAGAACAAGCUUAGGGACAAUCAGACCCUAAAGGCACCUAGGGUAGGUAGGCUAGGUACCUAAAGGUGGGGUGUUGGGGGGUUUCUCACCGUUGGAGCUCUAAGUCGUGGUCAAAACCCCACUACGAUUACGACGGAACGGCACCUACUGUGGCUCUAGCUCAGGGUCCCCUGGCCACUCAGAGAAAUCAAUUCGUACAAAGGGUUAUCGGGUUGGUUAUCGGGGCUAAGAGCAUGCAGGAGGACAGGAAGGCAGGAAGAGGGCGGUCUGUGAAAGUGGGAAAGGGCAGAGAAGAAAUACUAACUUUAUGUACCUCAGGUUUUUCCCACAAAUUCUUCUUCAACUCUUCAAGACACAAAGAAGGUUAUUGCAAAGUCUUUCCCGGCCCUUAUUGGCUUUGCAAUCAUCAUUCACUAUGUCCAAGCCUCAUAGUGUUAACGGGAGCGAGUCCGAGUUCGAGUUUAUCGAAACUCCGAAAGCUCCCACUCCCACUUUCGAGAAAUUUGAGGACUGCGGCGUGCGAACCACAUCGUACCCAUCUAUCAAAAAUGCACCUCUCCCCGCGGACUCUGCAGGUGCUGACACCUUCUCAAACCUCCUGCUAUUCUCUCUGCUAGGAGGUGUCCCAUUUUACAUGUCCUGGAAAGUCGGAGGUGGUCUAAAGACUGCUAUAUUCUUCGCCUUAUUCACGAGCAUUCCUAUCCUUGCUGGGUUUUGGCUCACUAUCUCCGCCAUAAGUCCCAGGAAAAACGAGAAGGCCAAAUAUCCCGGACGGCCGGUCGAGCAUUACCUCACUUUCAAGAAGCAAUCUGACAAGCUCAAGUACCAUGGCAGGAAUAAGAUCCCCUUGGAGACCUUCUACGAGAUGUAUUUCGACGGCGAUGUCGACUUCAACGGUGAUUGCCUCGAAGUUUUGGAAUACAGACAUGAUUGGGCAAGCUUCCGGUUCACCUGGGGCCUCUGCAAGUACUUUUUGUUUGGCAUGAUCCCCGAAGUUAUCAUGCACUCGAGGAGUCAAGAUGAGGAACAGGUCCGUGACCACUACGACCGUGGUGAUGACUUCUACGGUUGGUUCUUGGGUCCUCGUAUGAUCUACACUUCCGGCAUUAUCUCGGACAUCAACAGAGAGGAGACCUUGGAGGAACUGCAGGACAACAAGCUAGCUAUUGUGUGUGAAAAGAUUGACCUACAGGAGGGCGAAUCGCUGCUCGAUAUCGGUUGCGGUUGGGGUACCCUCGCACGAUUCGCAAGUGUCAACUAUGGUGCCCGCGUCACAGGUAUCACUCUCGGCCGCAACCAAACUGCCUGGGGUAACAAUGCUAUGCGAAACGUUGGCAUCCCCGAGGAACAAAGUAAGAUCCUCUGCAUGGACUACCGAGAUAUCCCGGUGCCCCAGGGCGGAUACAAGAAGAUCACUUGUCUGGAGAUGGCUGAGCACGUCGGUGUUCGCAAGUUCGGUACCUUCUUGAAGCAAGUCUACGAUAUGCUUGACGAUGAUGGUGUGUUCUUCCUGCAGAUUGCUGGUCUACGAAAGCCUUGGCAAUACGAGGAUCUUAUCUGGGGGUUGUUUAUGAACAAAUACGUUUUCCCCGGUGCUGACGCGUCGACUCCUCUUGACUUUUUCGUCGGUGGACUCGAAGGUGCCGGAUUUGAAAUCAAGGGAAUCGAUACCAUCGGCGUGCACUAUUCCGCGACUCUGUGGCGCUGGUAUAGGAACUGGUUGGCCAACCGUGAGAAGGUUGAGGCUAAGUAUGGAAAGAGAUGGUUCCGCAUUUGGGAAUACUUCCUCGCUGCUUCCACCAUCGCCUCCCGACAAGGCACUGCUACUUGCUACCAGAUUGUUUUGGUGAAGAACCUCAACUCUACUCAUCGCGUUGAGGGUAUCCCAUCCCAGUUCGCCUUGACCGGUGCUCUAAACAAGGCCAUGACGAAGAUUGACUUCAAGGCAUGGGCUAAGAAGAACGCUGACCAGUUCCCUACUUCAGCUGCCCAAUAAAGAGAACAAUAGUUAAACAAGCCUACCUAUGGACUGGGAAUAAUGAUAUCCUAGUCUUGUAGCAAGGUUUGAACAUUGUAAUAUGUGGCAGUAAAGAAAAGUUAGUCAGAGGCUAGGAGGUUAUAUUUAGGCGGAGGAAUAGUGAUGGGCUAAGAUGACAGCUGCUAUUCCGGUAAUGGACGUCUGAAGUUUAAUGGAGUGGAUAAAGGUAGUAAGUAAACGUCGAGUGGAAAAGUGGUUAAGGCAGAUGAAUAUAAACUACCCGAAUCACCAACUAGACGCUUCCUAAAACAGAUAUAUAGGUACAUUACAUAUGGUAUGAUGAUGAUCUCGAAGUCGUAAACAGGAGGUGUUAUGUAACUAUGCAUAUCUGGAAACUAAUGUGAAAAAAA